ACAUAUCGAUGUAUUUGUAACCCUUCCAAUUGGAAUUACGGCUGGCUGCUGGCAUAUAAAAACCAAACUGCCAGAAAAACUGUGUGUGUUCGUUCAGCCAAAAAUAAAGUUGAGCCAAAUCCAGCGACUUCAAUUGCAGUUCAUUGUGCAUCGAAAAAAAGCAAAUUGCGCGCGCGUCAGGCUCACGUUUUUUUUCGACAACGACCAAGUGCGCGUGUAUCUGUAACUGUAUAGUGCGUGUGCUCAGCAAGGUUUCUGCUGCUUAGUUUCCGUAUUGUGGUACAAUUUUUUUUAUUGCUUCUUGGUGACAUUGGAUGUGCGUUGGAAUAUGAGUGAUACGCGUGAACAAAUUCUGGAAUUAAUUAAAGUGCAAGGCGAUCUCGUGCGUCAAUUGAAAGCCGCCAAGGAGUCCAAAGAGAAGAUUGAUGAGGAAGUGUCGCGUCUAUUGGCGUUGAAAGCCAAGCUUGGCGGCGAUCCACCAGCGGCGACACAAAAGUUUACGCUCAAAACCCCCAAAGGUACACGGGACUAUGCGCCACAGCAGAUGACAUUACGGCAGGGAGUGCUGGAUAAGAUUGUGCAGGUCUUCAAGCGCCACGGGGGAGAGGCCAUCGAUACGCCCGUCUUUGAAUUAAAGGAAGUACUUAUGGGCAAAUACGGGGAGGACUCAAAGCUCAUCUAUGAUCUGAAAGAUCAAGGUGGCGAAAUACUAUCAAUGCGCUACGACUUGACGGUUCCAUUGGCACGCUAUUUGGCGAUGAACAAAAUAUCGAGCAUCAAACGGUAUCACAUAGCCAAGGUCUACAGGCGCGAUAAUCCGGCCAUGACACGCGGUCGCUAUCGGGAGUUCUAUCAGUGUGAUUUCGAUAUUGCCGGCAGCUAUGAUCCAAUGCUGGCGGAUGCGGAAUGUGUGAAAAUUGUCUCCGAAGUGCUGGACACACUCGAUAUCGGCGAUUAUGUGAUUAAGCUGAAUCAUCGGCAGCUUCUGGAUGGCAUGUUUGAGGCUUGUGGAGUUCCUGUGGACAAAUUCCGCACUAUUUGCUCAGCGGUGGAUAAGCUGGAUAAGUCCCCGUGGGCAGAUGUGCGCAAGGAAAUGAUUGAGGAAAAAGGUCUCGACGACGCCACGGCGGACAGAAUUGGCGAAUAUGUGCGCCUGAAUGGCGGUUCGCAGCUGGUGGAGCAACUGCUAGCCGAUCCCAAGCUAAAGGUUGUACCCAAUGCACUUCAGGGAUUACAGGGCAUGCAGUUGCUGCUGAAGUAUUGCUCGCUUUUUGGUCUGGACCAGCGUGUUAGCUUUGAUUUAAGCCUGGCCCGUGGUCUGGACUACUAUACGGGUGUCAUCUACGAAUGCGUGUUAAAGGCCGAUCCUACCUCCUCCUCCCCUGUUAAAUUGCAAAAUGGUAGCGCAGAUGCUGCUGUCGAUGCAGAGCAGGGCACUGUGGGUUCCGUGGCUGGCGGCGGACGUUACGAUAAUCUGGUGGGCAUGUUCGAUCCACGCGGCAAGGCUGUGCCCUGUGUAGGCGUCUCCAUUGGUGUCGAGCGCAUAUUUUCCGUGCUGGAGGCCAAGUAUGCGGCAAGUGGCCUGAAAUUGCGCACAAACGAUGUUGAAGUCUAUGUGGCAUCGGCACACAAAGGCCUUCAUGAGCAACGAUUACGCAUCAUCAAUCAGUUGUGGGAUCAGGGUAUUAAGGCCGAGCAUUCAUUUAAACUCAAUCCCAAGCUGCUGGUGCAGUUGCAGCACUGCGAGGAGCACCAAAUACCAUUGGCUGUUGUACUAGGAGACGCGGAAUUGUCCCAAGGAGUGGUUAAGUUGCGUGAGGUUAGCACGAGACAGGAAGCCACUGUGCCACUCGCAGAUCUGGCCACCGAAAUACGCAAGCGUCUAUCGUCGUCAGCGUAGAAGGCGGCGAUGACACACAGUCCUGGAUCGAUCCUAACUAAUUUAUAAACGCAUUUUUUUUCAAUGAUGAUCAUAUGUUCUCGCUCCUUUUGUUUGUUUGCCAACAGACACAUGUGCUACUAAUUAUGUAAUUUACCAAGUAAUUGUAGGAAUAAGUUUAGACAACUUAUACCAAAACUGGAGACUAAAAAUAAACUGCAUGCGCAUUUAGCAAAAUGAAACGAGA